GAUCGACUGUAGUUUUAGUGUAGUGCGGCGCCGUGCCUUACCAAGAUAAACUUCUUACCAAGGUAAUAAUAUUAUUAUUCGUUUGGGGUAAAUCCCAUCGGUUAUUUCUGAGAACCAUCAACACACCGCAGUUGUCGUUACCUGACAAACAAUAGUUACACGUAGACGUUUAUUGCGGUCAAAGGUGUUUUGUGUAUUUAUUUCGAGCUUGUUUUGUCAUUCAUUAAUUUUUUUUUGUUUUACCCCUGCUGUAAAUUUUAAAAUAAAAGUUUUCCAAUAACGUUGGCUACCAAGAAUGAAUCCGACCGUGACGGACAACACAGAACGGUCAUCGAAACCGUUAAAGGUGGAAAACAAUCAUUGGUCGACCGAGCAGGUGCACCAGCAGAUGUCUGAUUUAAAUAAUUGUCCAGAAACUUUUGGCGGUACAGCAGCUGCUGCUAAUAAACCGGUAGAAACAACAGACAAAUCUAGUUUGCAAACGGAUAGCAGAGAAAACCGAGUAAUUGUAUCAGAUUUGCAGGUAAAACGAUCUUUGGAUGACGGUCAAAAGCAUAAGUCUUGUUCGCCCGCUAAAAUACCAGCCCAAGGCAUUGCUACCGAACUUACAAAUUCCGAAGUGGCUAACAAAUUAAACGAACACAAGUCAACUUUGGCAGUACCUGGCAUGGAUAAUAAAAUUGUCCACAAUUUUGUAGGUGUAAUGGAAAAUCAUGUGACUGAUGAAAUAACGAAAAAAAUUAAGCUCGAGUACGUCGAAGAUACCUUCACAAAUAACGCUAUUAUAACUUCCAAUGGAGCGCACGAAAAAUAUUAUUUUGAAGACAUUAAACCUACUACAAUCGACAUUCCAAAUGAUGACGUCAUGGAUCUAAAAGAUACAACUUAUAACAUGUACAGUUGUAUGAACACAAAAUAUGUCGAUGAAUUCGUAGAUAUAAAAUCGUUUAUGAAACUAGAAAAUAUGUCUAAUGAUGCCAACAAGACCAAUCAAAGCAAGACUAUUCAUUGCCCUCACUGUGAAAUUGACGUUGGGUUUAACUAUUACCAGGCUCACGUUCAGACAGUCGACCACAAGGUUGCUUUUUUCAAAGAUAAAAUCGAUUUCGACGACUAUUAUGUGUUCCCAUCCGUGUUGUGUUCGACCAUGUUGGAGUUUUUGAAUUCCAGACAAAAGGAGUUUACCGUCUUGGUCAACCACGUGGUCGAAGAACACAUUGCCGUCGAAGUGGAUGUUUCCCUGUUUGCGCUGUACCGCGAAAAGUCCAACGACAGUAAGAACAUAGCCGAAGGCAAACAAUUUAGUGUUAAAAACAAGGUAAUGUCCGGUGAAACUAACAUAGCUUGGUUGUAUGAGGAUAUCGUUAACUCGUUUCUGUAUCAAACUGAGAAUUUCCAAAGGUCGCGUUGGUCGUUGGAGGGAAUAAUUUGUUUAAAAAUUGAUGUAGUCAAAUCGUUGAUAGAUAUUGUUCAUCUGUCUACUAACAAAACUACUGUAAUCCAUAAUAUGCCGGCAAAUUCUAUUUCCAACGAGUCAACCGAGAACACUAUGCCAGAAAUCCCAAAAAUGCGACUGAUGCGGUGUCAGCUUUGCAAUAACUUCUUCAACCGGGACUACUACAGUGAACACUUGGAGACGUCGCAUAGGAAAUCCGACGUAAAAGGUCGUCGGAGACUAUUGCCCAAACACCGGGCACAACAUACGACUGCGUCCGAGUUCUUUAGAGCAAUCAAACCAGACGUUUUGGAUAUCGUCAGCGAAGUCAUGUUGACUUCACCGACUGUCGUUAUCACGGUGGAAUUAUUCGUGCACUACAACGACGACAGUAAUGCUGCUGCACAUAAUACCAGAUGGUACAACUAUGCCAGUUACACCGAAAGUAGAAUCAAGUGUUUCGCCGUCACAAACAAGGUUCUGACGAGGACUUCGAGUUUAUCGAACUGGUAUGAAAUGGCGUCAAACGAUUUGAAACGGCAAAAUCAAGAAAUGCUAACAAAUGAACCCAUGUGGUCGUUGGAUUGUAUAAUGUUCUUGGAGAUUUCUUUUUCCGAAUACAACGUAUAAGAGACUUAUACAACUGUAGAAAUAUUCCUAUACUACCUACUAUAAUAUGUGUAUUUCCAUUGAACAUCCCUUCGUCGAUGGAAAUACCAAGAUGUUAAUAUUGUUAUAAUGAUAUUUAAGUAUAAAUAAUUUUGUUGUCUGAAUGUGAUAGUUUCUGAUACAUCUGUCGAUAUUCAUACUCAUCUAUCUAUAUUUAUUGUAUUGAUCUAUUCUCGCAUUAGAUACAUGUAUAUUAUAUAUAUAUAUUGUGUUUACACGCAGUUAAUGAGAUAUAUUGUUACGGCCUAGUAGUUAUGUAUUUUACCUUUUUGUUAAUUAGGUUUAGUGAAUUGAUAAAUUGUUAAGAAACUGUUGAAUCAAAAUGUUUGACAAUAACCAUAAUAAUUAUUUAAUAUAAUAAUAUA